AAUAAACGAAAUUCCCUUUUUUGAUGUGCAGUUGCCUUACGAGUUGGCAUUAAAGAUAUUUCAGUCCCUUGGCAGAAUGGAGCUGGGGAGAUGUGCUCAGGUGAGCCGAGCUUGGAAGAUACUUGCUGAAGAUCAAGUCCUGUGGUUCCGGCUUUGUCAACAGGAAGGUUAUCUGUCUGACAACCAAAUCUCAGACUUUCCCUGUUGGAAACAGACUCUCCGAGAAUGUCGGGAGAAGGAGCAGACUUUGCGAACCAACUGGAAGAACCGCGUGGGGGCUAUGAGGCAGCUGCAGCACGAAGUCGGGAACAUUCUGUGCGAUGUGCAUUCUUGCGACGGAGUGGUCGUUGCGGGAUACACGUCAGGCGAUGUGAAGCUGUGGGACACGCGCACCUGGGACUAUUCGGCCCCCGUCCUGGAACCGGAGCACGGCUCGGUGGAGCUUGGCCCCCGGCCACAUGCCUCCUUUGUGAGAAUAAACAGCUCCCUGGCUGUGGCAGCCUACGAGGAUGGGUCAGUUAAGGUGUGGAGCCUGCUGGUUGGUUCUGAGCCAAUCCACCGGUACCAACACAAUCAGAAGAUUCAAGCAAUGGCCCUUUCAACUGACGGGGCCACCAUAGCGACUGCAUCAGGGUUCCAGGUCAAAGUGGAAAGUGCCAACGACAAGGGAUAUUGGGGAACCGUUGCAGACUUUGAGAUUCAGAAGUGGGUCAGCUUGGUCUGUCUCGUGCCCCAUACUUUGGGCUGCCCAGCUGCAGUGGUAGCAGCAGAGGACACAAUCUACUUCUUGAAAGAAGGAGAACCAGCUAAAGUCCUGCAUUCUGUCUAUGGCCAGCCUGUGACAUGCCUGGAUGUCUCAGCCAACGAGGUAGCCUUUGGAGUCAGGGGCUUCGGCUGGCUGAUUAACGAGACCAACAAGAUCCUUCUCUACAACGUGGAAACGGGGCAGUGCAUAAUGCAACUCGGCAGCCCUUCGGGUGACUUCACAUGCCUCAACCUCCAGGACAGUCCUCCCCACAUGCUGGUGGCUGGAAAUAAAGUUAGGAGGGUGAUGGUGUAUGACCUCCGCAGAAGUGAACCUGUCUCCUCGCUCUACGGCCACCAACUGGGUGUUUCUGUGGUGCAGAUGGAUGACUGGAAGGUUGUCAGUGGAGGAGAGGAAGGGCUGGUCUGUGUGUGGGACCAGCGGAUGGGCACCAAGCUCUGGGAAAUGCAUGCCAGGCACCCGGUCCGCCACCUCCAGUUCAACUCCCACAGCCUCAUCACGGCCAACAUCCCCAAUGAGAAAACUCCCCGAGGCGCCAGCAUCACAGACGAUGACUUGACCGCCCACCGAAGGCAUCGAGGCAUCAUCUACGCCUACGAGUUCUCCAUGGACCAGUUGGUGGCUGAAAGCAUCCUUCCUAUCUGCCGCUCCUCUUACAACGAAGUGACUGGCUACAACUACAAUAUUGGCCUUGCGGUCCCCUAUGACAACAUCUAGGUAGCGUGGGAAGAGGGGACAUUCAGGGCCAACUGAGCUGGGCCCUGGAGGAGAAGACCCCGAAGGAUGGACUCCCAGCAGUUCCCUUGGAGAACUUGGAAGCAGCAGGCUGGCCAAGCAAGCAGCAGAAGCAGAGGGGCACGGGGCCCCCAAAGCUCUAAUAACGGCGCUGUGGGAAUGGAGAAGAGAUGCUGGCCCACGGGAACCAUGAUAUGUAGGCAAAGAUCAGGAAGUAGUAAUAAAGGCUGCAGCCCAAGGGUGCCAAGACCGAUUUGGUGGAAUGGAGAACAAGGAGUCCGUUCCUUGCACUUCACUGAAAUUGUGCAGCGCUGCUGUUCUGGAGCAGGUGCCAACACCACCCAAAACAACUUUCCUUCUGGACAUCUUUAGAAGAAGGGACUUUGGGAGCGUUUUCUUGUAAAUAAAAUCUCUUUAUUAAGUGGUGGUCUCAGCACAAGGGGGUUGGUGUGCUCGAAAAUGGCUGUUUUAUUGUCAAUGCUACUUGUUCUUGAAACCCCAAAUUAGGAGGAGGAGAAGAUCCAGAGGCCCCCCUGGUAAGGGAGAAAAUCCUGUCCCACCUUCAACGGCCGCUCCCCUUCAACCACAGGUAAGUCGAGCCAAAAGGGCACAUUUGUGUAAAUCUCCAGUCUUCUCCAUCUCCACUUGCACUUUGGCUGAUUGCAGCAGGACUGCCGAAGCAGCACCCAGGCUCAGCGCAACCACAACAGAGCACAAGGUCCUCCUUUGCCUGCGCCAGUCUCUCCAUGCCAGACCUUGCUGGCUCGGUCAAAAACCAGAGCACGAGCCGUCUGUUAAGGCCCCCCUGCUGGGUGGGCUGAGGCAGCUGCCAAACUAGCAGGGGGACAUGACAGGUGCCUCCCUCUUCAGCUGCUGACUUGCUUGCAGGAGAGGAGGGCCUCUACCCCCUCCUUUUCCGCAAGAAGUGAGGGCUGAAGACAAUUGGGACUCGGUGGCCCGAGAGAGGUGGACGAGGUAUGUGCAGGACCUGGGCACCCGAGAGUUUGCAGCCCUUGUGCCAUCAGGAGGGGAGAAGAGCGACUGGUAUACAUGGGCAAAAGGUUAUUUUCUGGGCAACUUUAGAAUGUUCCUUUUUUCCCUCUGCCCCAUGCCAGUUGGGCUAGUCCAGCAGUUUCCCAGAAGGAAUAUUUCCAGAACAGGAAGGGGUUUUCGGUAUUCUGGAGGUAACCUGACUCCCCAGUGUCAGACACAGGGCCAGGCUAUCACCAGGCUGUGCUGGAAACUUCCUUCUCGAAAACUGCUGCUGUAGAGGAAAAAUGGGACACGCCGGGGUUCCCUGGAUUGCCCAUAUAUAUCGGUAUCGCUGCAAAAGAGAUAUGCACACAUGUGGCUGUAGGUAUGUUACUGUGUAUACAUCUAGGGCAGUGUUUUGCCUUGUAAGAUGUGGGGACUUCAAUUCCCAGGGAAUUCUGGGAACCCACAUGUUCAGG